AUGCCAUUCAAGCUUCUUUUGAUUGUUCUAAAAUUGUGGAUCUCUUAUUCAAGCCAGCCAGGAUGCCCAGUUAUAUCAUGCAAGCCAUUAAGUAAAAAAUUCUGCGCAGAGCUUAAUGGAAAACAACUUUUUAUAAAUAGCGAUCCUCCAUUCUCUGAUGAUUAUGCUUGCUCUCUCUUGCAAAUUGUAACAGCCUACAAUCAGAUCCCAAAAAUAACCCCAACAACAAGAUACGAAUUUCCAGUAAGGCCCAAACCAAAGCCAGAUGAUUUCGGAGGAUACAACUCAUGGCACAUAAAAUACAAGUGAAACGAAAACAAUACUUUAGCUGAAGGUACCCAUCCUAAGCCUUGUCAAAUUGAUAAAGAUUGCCUACUAAUAAUCGGAGAAUAUGGCUUCUGCAACUGCGGAUUUGAUGGAAACUACUAUUGCCAACCAAAAAUUGAUGAUAUUCCAGGGGUAAGAGAAGAAUCAAAAGAUAAUAAUGACAACACGAUGGCGCUUGAACACUGGGUUUGGUAUAAGCGAAAAGUGAAUUAUUAUGUUUGGACGAAAGUCUUGCCUGAGUGCGCAAUUGAUCUGCUAUAUGAUGUUAAAGAGUAUAGCAGAAGAAAGCCGUAA